CAACACAAUGAGUUUAAGCCACAGCUCGUUUACGUUAUUACAUUUACCAGUGCGAUUCCUACUUGAAAGUUCGAAUUCGAGGAGAUUGUUAGAUAGUACUUUAUCGUGACUACAUGUUGAUUAAUUGAAUAACUUUCAACAACAAUGCCAUUGAUAGAACAAGCGAUUUCUGGUCAAGAGGUGACGAUACCACCAAGAUUGCCAACGAUAUUGAAACAAUUUUGUAAGGCAGCUAUUCGAACUCAGCCCUACGAUCUUCUGAGAUGGUCCAGUGCAUAUUUUCGUGCGUUGGCUGAUGGCGAAGAACCACCAGUAAAAUUGAGACUCGAAUAUCCACCACCUAGUACAGCUUCUGGUCUAACACUCGGCUUUCUUAGAGUUCUUCUUCGUCAAUUUGGAGAUUACAACAAAACAUUGUCCAUCGAUGUUAUUUCACGUCGUUGGGAAUGCUUAUGUCUCGAUCGUAAAGAAUUAAAUCUGAUAAUGAUGAUAGGGAAAUUUCGUCGAAAGUGCCAAGUUAAGAAGUUCUUGGCAAUAGCUGUUGGUCUUUUAGGAUCUAGUUUACGCGAGACAAUGAUUAUGAUCUGCGAAUUAUUUACUCACGAACCUGACGGUGGAUCGGCUAUGGUUCCAGUUACAUUAUUCAUGGAAAUUUAUGGAUACUUAGCUGGUCUUAGAUGCGAUGGUAGCGAAAGAAGUUCAUCGGAAGAAGAUCCAACAGAAUUUCUUAUAUUCGAUGAGUCUAACAGUAGCUCGUCUUCAAAAAUACACGAGUCCCUCGAUAAUAACAUCUCCGUUGAUCGUGUAUAUUCGAUCGCUAGUCAAGAUACUGAAGCUGAUAUCAAUUUAGAUUUGGAAUUAAUCUCUAAGGAAGCUGCUGAUUCCUCAAAUAUAAUACUAUCGCCAGAAAUUAGCGGGAGUUGUUCGACGCGGGAAGACGAUUCGAACAAUGUCGAAGAUAAAAUCUCGAGUACUAAUAACACAAUGGAAUCCACAUCAGAUAGUACAUUGAAACGCGAGGAAGACAGUAAUGCUUCUGAUCUUACAAUAGAACCAAGUAAAUCCUUUAAUUCGAAGGAUGCUCAUGAAAAAUCAUCGAAAAAUGAAGAUAAGCAAAAAGGCGUAAUUCAAGAUGACGUAAAUACCGAAAAUUCGUCCGAUAAAAGAGACGUAUCAUUGAUUAAGGAACGAAAAAAAAUCAGAAUUGCUAAUACUCAGUUAAUUUCGUAUUAUCCAAAUAUUCCAGGUAUAGGAUCUCGUUUAUCCGCAGAAGAAGUAGCAAGCGUUGCUAUAUGGAUGAGCGAAUGUGCUAGAUUACAAGAAGGAAUGGUUGGUCCACGAAAUCUUCGCCAUCCUCAAUGUCCUCCUUUAUGUAAGCAAAAACAAUGUGAAUCAUGAUAGUAAUAAAUACAAUGUAUAUGAAUUUAAAAAGACUAGUUGGUUAAUAUAAAUAUUUUAGUCGAGAAUAAAUUAGUUUCCAUAAUAAAAAAAAAUAUUAUCAAUACGUUUCAAAGCGUAUAAAUUAGUUUAUUCAUACAUCCGUCAUGUUUUUUUUUUUUCUUUAAUUGUUAAUUAUUAUUCUAAUUUUUUACCAGUAUGAAGAAAAUCAAAUUUAUUUUAAAACUGUUAUAAUACAUAUAUAUGAAGAUUGAUAUAUGGUUUAUUUGGCAUGUAUAUGUUGAUGCAGUUAUCAUAUAACAAAUAUUAUACACACACACAUAUAUAUAUAUAUUAUGUAUAUGUAUAUGCAUAUGUAUAUGCAUGUAUAUAUAUUAUACGUAAGAUAGUAAAUCACAUAAUUUUUUUAUAAUUGCACAAUGAUAUAUAUUGAGAUUAUUUCUUGUUAAUAUCACCAGUAUUGUCUUCGUUAGAAUAUGUUUUUCUCGUUUUGUUCUUUUUUAAGUAUACAAAAUUUGUUAUUGACAUACGUUUGUACAUAUAUACUUAUAUAUAUAUA